AUGUCGCUCUCCAAGGGUAUCUGGUCAACGUUCAAUCGCAGAUCUCCGUCGCUGGCACUAAGAAACAAAAAACUCCAGAAGGCUCUUCUCAGUCCGAACCUUCCAGAGGGACCCUUUUCGCUAAAGAAGCGUUCUAGUAAAAUCAGAUACAUCUCGCCCACUGGAAUGGACGAAAUUUAUCCCUUGGCGUAUCAAUUUUUGGAGAAGCAGAGUGCAGAUGUUUACAAAAAGAUUGAGAAUAUGGAGAAGAAAUGCAACGUCGAACAGAGUGAUGAACUUAAACGGACUUUAACUAAAUUACAAGUGGAAGCAGAAGAAAAUAACCCUGAAGUGGUGUACAAUGCGAUGUUUGGAAGUAAUUUGGUGGACAGAACGCAGCCUGUUUAUCGUCAUUAUCUUGAGCAAAAGUGGAAAGACUACGGUAGAAUGCUCAUUAUGCAGCGUUUAGAAUCGUUGGCCGUAAUUCCUGAUACUCUGCCAACGUUGGAACCUCAAGUGGAGGUGAAGAUGAAGUUUCCAUGCAACAAUGUUGAAAGAUGGAUAGAACCAGGAGAUAUUUUGUCGUCCAAUGUGACCAGCAGGCCACCUAUGUUGGAAGUUAUCGAAUUUGAAGAGUGUAAAAGAGGACUCUACACAGUGUUAGUGGUUGAUCCAGACUCUCCAGAUGUCGAAAAUGAUUCCUACAGUACAACGUUGCACUGGGGGUUGAAGAAUGUUGAAUUGAGUAACCAGGAUGGUAUUAUAGAUGCCAGGAAGCUUGUGAAGAAUCCGGAUUGCGAGUUUGCUAGCUACUUGGCGCCAACUCCUGAAAAGAAUACGGGGAAGCAUCGAUUCUCCGUGUGGAUUUUCCGUCAGAAGAAGGAGAUUGACGGCUUCCGUGAACCUGUGGGAAGAGAACGAUUCGAUAUAAGGAAGUUUACUGCGGACAACGAGUUGCAUGCUGUUGGUGCACAUGUUUGGAGAUCUAUUUGGGACAGAAAUGUGAACAAUGUGAGGAAAAUGUAUGGCAUGGGAGAAGGAAGGGUAUUUGCCAGGGAGAAAGUUUGA